UACAGGGUUACAAUGCAAGGUAUUUUCAAGAAGCAGCUAUGGAGAAAGAAAACUCAUCCUACACUACAAUGUUUACCCUUUCUGGAUUAAAUGAAUCAAGCACAAAUAAAUAUAUCUAUUUUUCUUUCACUCUCCUAGGUUAUCUAUUUAUCAUUUGUGUUAAUUUAACUCUAAUUUUAAUAAUAGCUCUUGAAAAGAAAUUUUAUAAGGCUAUGUAUUUCUUCCUCUGUAAUCUGAGUGCUAAUGCACUGUAUGGAACUGCUGGUUUCUAUCCUAAACUACUGUUUGAUUUUCUGUCUGAUACGCAUGUCAUCUCGCAUUCUGGGUGCCUGCUUCAAAUAUUUGUCAUCUACAGUUUUUCCGCUUGUGAAUUAUCUAAUUUAACAGUAAUGGCAUAUGAUGGGUAUGUGUCAAUAUGCAGACCUCUGGAGUACCAUGCUAUCAUGACUCCUUUGACGACUGGUAAAUUAAUACUUUUUUCUUGGAUUUUUCCAUUCUGUUGUGGAUGUAUUGGUACUCUAUUGACUUUCAGGUUGCCCUUAUGUGGCUUCCACAUUGAAAAACUGUAUUGUGAUAACUGGUCAAUUGUGAAAUUAUCUUGUGUAGAUGCUACUGUUAACAAUGUAUAUGGAUAUGUUAUAAUAUGCAUAUUCUUUGCACAUUUCCUCUUUAUUUUAUUUUCCUACAUGAAAAUACUCGGAGCGUGCCGGGCAUCUAGUAUAGCAAUGAGUAAAUGUUUGCCACAUUUGUUGACGGUGAUCAAUUACUUAAUUGCCUUGCUUUUUGAUUUAAUGUACAGUAGAUACGGUUCAAAUGAUAUGCCACAGAUUUUACACAAUCUCCUGUCAGUGGAAUUUUUAAUCGUCCCUCCUGUUUUCAAUCCUGUCAUUUAUGGUUUAAACCUUCAAAAGAUCCGGAACAAAGUCACAAGAAUGUGCAGCAGAAACAAAGUCAUUCACAGUGGAUUCCAGAUGUAG